AAUUUCUUUGUUAAUGACACCAACAGGCCCUUGAUAUCAUCACAAAACAUCCAUCAUGUCUUUAUCAAUACUUCACAUGUUACCACUCAAUACCCUCCAAAAACCCAAUUCCAAAAGAAUUACCUUUGCACUUGAUUUGGAUAUAUUCAUAUAUAAACAAGGAAACCAUGGCUUAGUGCUUGUGUUCUAUUCAUCUUUUCAACAACUUAUGAGGUAGUUUUUCACUUUUCUUGAGAGAGAGAGAGAGAAGUGGAGUUCUACUAGUACUGGGUAGCUAGAUAUGGGAGAUUCAUCAUAUGAAGAAGAGUGUGAUUACUUGUUCAAAGCAGUUCUGAUUGGAGACUCUGGAGUUGGGAAAUCAAAUCUUCUAUCAAGGUUUUCCAAAGAUGAAUUCAGAUUGGAUUCAAAACCAACAAUUGGUGUCGAAUUCGCCUACCGGAAUAUCAGAGUUGGUGACAAGCUCAUCAAGUCUCAAAUUUGGGACACUGCAGGCCAAGAAAGAUUUAGGGCAAUUACAAGUUCAUAUUACAGAGGAGCACUUGGUGCAUUGCUAGUCUAUGACAUAACAAGGCGAGCAUCAUUUGAAAAUGUGACAAAAUGGUUACAUGAGAUCAGAGAAUUUGGUAGCUCUGACAUGGUUAUUGUUCUUGUUGGCAACAAAUCUGAUCUGGGUCACUCUAGAGAAGUUAGUGAAGAAGAAGGGAGAAGUCUUGCUGAGCUAGAGAGCUUGUGUUUCAUGGAAACUUCUGCAUUACAGAACUCUAAUGUUGAGGAGGUUUUCUUGGCAAUGGUUGCUAAUAUUCAUAAGAUUAUGAGCCAGAAGAGCUUAGAUGCUAAGACUAAUCAAGCAACAACAACAACAACCACAUCAACGAGAACGACGUCUAAUCUUGGUGGUGGAAAAGAAAUUAAUUUGAUUGAUGAAGUUAGUGCCACUAAGCAAGUAGGUUAUUGUUGUUAUAAUUAACUUGAUGAUCAAGUUUUUGACUUUUUUUUCCCACUGGUUUUUUAUUAUUUUGAGUUCUACUACACAUGAUCUAUGAUUAUAUAGCCUUUCGUUUUUCGUCAAGUUUUCG